UUGCUUACAAGAGCAAAUUCUGGAAAGCUAGAAGAGAGAAAGGAUUUAAAAUUGACUCAUAUCUACACGACGUGAUACACUCAAACCACAUAGGACACAAUGGAGCCGUCAGCCAGUCCGGCCAAGGAUAACUACAGGAUGAACCGCUACAAGAACAAAGCACUGAACCCAGAAGAGAUGAGGCGCAGGAGAGAGGAGGAGGGCAUCCAACUCAGGAAACAGAAACGAGAACAACAGCUUUUCAAGAGGAGGAAUGUGGACGUUCUCAAUGAAGAGGAAGCCAUGUUCGAGAGUCCACUGGUGGACUCCCACCUCAGCUCUGCAGUAACAGAAGGAGUCAUCACCAGAGACAUGGUGGAGAUGCUCUUUUCAGAGGACCCAGAGCUUCAGCUCACCACAACACAAAAAUUCAGAAAACUACUUUCCAAAGAGCCUAACCCACCAAUCGAUGAAGUUAUAAACACGCCUGGAGUUGUGGAGAGGUUUGUAGAGUUCCUGAAGAAAAGUGUCAACUGCACACUACAGUUUGAAGCAGCUUGGGCACUGACCAACAUAGCAUCAGGCACAUCCAUGCAGACAAAGACGGUGAUUGAGGCUGGAGCUGUGCCAAUCUUUAUAGAAUUACUUAACUCGGACUUUGAGGACGUCCAAGAACAGGCAGUGUGGGCCUUGGGUAACAUUGCGGGGGAUAGCGCAGUGUGCAGGGACUAUGUGCUGAACUGCAACAUCCUUCCACCACUAUUAAUGCUUCUGACCAAAUCCACUAGACUGACCAUGACUAGGAAUGCAGUGUGGGCUCUAUCUAAUCUCUGUAGAGGAAAAAACCCUCCACCUGCUUUUGAAAAGGUGUCACCCUGUCUGCCAGUACUCUCCAGGCUUUUAUUUAGCAGCGACCCAGACUUGCUGGCAGACGCCUGCUGGGCACUGUCCUACCUCUCAGACGGCCCCAACGACAAGAUCCAGGCUGUCAUCGACUCCGGCGUCUGCAGGCGCCUCGUAGAACUACUCAUGCACACAGACUAUAAAGUGGCCUCUCCUGCUUUGAGAGCUGUAGGAAACAUCGUCACUGGAGAUGACAUCCAGACACAGGUGGUGUUGAACUGCUCGGCCCUGCCCUGUCUGCUGCACCUUCUCAGCAGCGCUAAAGAGUCUAUCCGCAAAGAGGCCUGCUGGACCAUCUCAAACAUCACAGCAGGAAACCGAGCACAGAUACAGACGGUCAUUGAUGCCAACAUCUUCCCAGUGCUGAUCGACAUCCUGCAGAAAGCAGAGUUCAGGACCAGGAAAGAGGCGGCCUGGGCCAUCACCAACGCCACGUCCGGAGGAACACCAGAACAGAUCAGGUAUCUGGUGAAUCUGGGCUGCAUUAAGCCCCUGUGCGACCUGCUGACAGUGAUGGACUCUAAGAUAGUUCAGGUGGCUCUCAACGGGCUCGAGAACAUCUUGAGGCUGGGCGAGCAGGAAGCUAAGCAGGAGAACAACGGUACCGGAGUCAAUCCAUACUGCAGCCUCAUCGAAGAAGCCUAUGGUCUGGACAAGAUAGAGUUCCUCCAGAGUCACGACAACCAGGAGAUCUACCAGAAGGCCUUCGACCUGAUCGAGCACUACUUCGGGGUGGAGGAUGAGGACAACAGUCUAGCCCCCCAGGUGGACCAGGCCAACCAGCAGUUCCUUUUCCCCCAGCAGGAAGCCCCUAUGGAGGGCUUCCAGCUAUAAGGCAGCAACCCCCCUCCCACCCCACCACCACCUCUCUCUACUCUUAAAAAAAAAAAAAAAAAAAAAUACACCCAUUGAACCCCUCUCCAUACCUCACCAUCUCAUAGAGGGCCCCCUUAGAUGCUUGUGUCAUACCUCCACGCCCUCUUCCCUUUAUUGAUGAUCUGCCACUGUCCCGCCACAAACAAACAAACAAAUCCCCUCUCCCCCAACCCCCAUCCUUUGGAGGAAAACUAAAACUAUGUCCCGCUCUCCAAAAUAAAACACCCCUGUUUCCCCCCUCUCAAACCAGUGGACUGACUUCUUCGCAGGGCAGACUUCACAUGUCAGCUGGCGAAACAGGGGAGCGGCACACAAACUCCAUUAUGCUUAAAAGAGGACAUAAUCCAGCCAAAAGUGCGAGUCUGCCAUGACUUUAAAACGCACACACAGACAUCUUAAGUUCUCUCAUUAGCAGUAACGAUGGUUUGUUGGUUAUUAUCUUUAUAUAUAUACUUUGAUUUUUUUUCCCAAUGGGACAUUCCUAUUUUCAGGAUUACCCCACACAACCCCUCCCCUGCUCCCCAAUGCAAAAAGGCAACAGACCCCGGGGUGCAUGAGGUGAAAUAUGCCCAGCUCUUGAUGUCAGUCUGACUUAGUGCAAUUUAACAAAAUUACAUGUAACAUUUUCCCUUUUUUUUUUUUUUUUUUUUUAAAUUUUUUUUAUUUCCUCCCAAAACCCUUUAUUUAUCUGCUCCCUUUUUUUAAGUACUUGUGGGGGUUUUUCCUACCAUGGAAAGCACUUCGUUUGCAACCAAGAGUCUCUCUGAUCAUUUGGCUUAGGGCUGGUCUCUGCAUAUCUGCUGAAAAAACACAAAAAAAACCUCUGUACAGUGGCUUCAGAGGCGACAUGCCCACUCGCUGUCAAGGGCUUUCUGCUGGCCCCAAUUCUGACGCUGAAGCAAAGAAGUGUGAUUCUUUUUUUUUUCUUUUCU